AUGGGUGAAUUAUUCUUCAUGCCAAAAAGUGAAACGAAAAAUUUGGAAAAGCCUGAUGAGAAUCUCAGAAGGAAUCUGCAAGCGAUUGGUAAAACCCUCAACGUAACUGCAGCCGAGGCGCUUGAUUCACUACGGAUGAUGAACGAUACUAUUCAAGCCCAAUUGGAGAAUAAAGAACCCGAGUGGUAUAUUCUGAUGAUGAUCGCCAAUUUUAGCCGUGCACUGCAGAAGACUGCAGCAAUCAUGGGACAUGUCUCGGAAAUAAGGAAUCGUUCAUAUGUUUGUGCCAAACUGGAUACAUUGGUGCACAAUGCCAAGAUAAUCCAUGCGAUCCAAAAACAAGCUGCAAUGGGAAAGGUAUUUGCAUUGGAACAUCAAGGACUUACACAUGCAUUUGUCAGAUUGGAUAUACCGGAACGUUCUGCGAAACGAAAGCAAAGUAAUUGUGAUGGUGACGAUAAUGAUGCUGAUCCUUUCAAUUGA